AUGUUCGCCGGAUCCUCGCCCAAACGCGACGAGUCGCCGCUCCCCCCGCCGCAGCCCGCGCCCGCCAACCCGCGCAAGCGCAAGCAGGCCGUCCACAACGCGUCCACGCCCGACCUCGCCGGGACCGCCCCCGCCGACGGCGCCAAACCGGACACCCACGCCGUCCUCUCCUCGCGCCACGCCCUCGCCAACCGCCCGCGCCUCUCCAUCUCCCGCCACCCCAUCCUCACCCCCUUCGCCGACAUCGAUGGCCACGUCUACAACAGCACCGACUGCCCCGCCUACAACCACCUCGGCUUCCGCUAUAUCCCUGCAGGCAUCUCUCCGCCUGGCUCCAUCCUUCCCUGCACCACCAUCGAGUCCGCGCCCACACACUUCCGCGUCUCAUGGGAGGACCGCUCGCAGGCCAUCAAGGUCACCCAGGACGGCUUAGGAUUGCUCGGUGACAAGGGCUACCGCAGCGCCCGCUGUAACGCGCCCCUUCGCGAGGGCAAGUGGUACAUGGAAGUCAAGAUCGACUGUGGCGGCGGCACGAAGCCGCCCGGCAGCACCCGCCACCAGGGCGCGCACGUCCGCCUGGGCUGGGGCCGCCGCGAGGCGCCCAUCAACGCGCCAGUGGGCUUGGACGGGUACUCCUACGCCGUGCGCGACCUCACUGGUGACAAAGUGCACUUAAGCCGUCCUCGGCCGUACGGUCGGCCCUUUGGCACAGGGGACGUAAUCGGUAUGUACAUCUCCCUCCCCCCGCGGCGCAAGCCCGACCCGAAAGACCCGAUGGACCCCGCGCACAUCAAGCGCGAGCGGAUCGCCAUCGAGGUCAAGGGCCAAGAGUACUUCGAGAGUCUCGAGUACGCCGUCUCGAAGGAAAUGAUGGCCCUCAUGGACGGCAAGACCUCGGCGAACACGACUGCCGAUGCCGACCCCAACGCCUCCUCGAACCCCACCAGCUCAAUCCCCUCGAAUCACCCUACCUCCCCGUCCAAGAAAUCCGCUACAGUCAAGAACCUCCCCUCGCACCCGGGAUCCAAAUCAAAGGCACCCAGCGCAACCCCUGGGCCCUCGUCGAAACAAACCCAGCCGCCGCCCCUCCGCCCACUCCCAACCCUCGGUCCUUCCUCGCGCAUCGCGUUCUUCGUGAACGGCGAAUGCCAGGGUACCGCCUUCCAGGACCUCCUCUCUUACCUCCCGCUCAAGCCGCACCAGGAGAAGGGCAAGAAGAAACGCGAGAAGGACAGGGAACGCGAGCGCGAAGGCGGGCCGAAGGUGCACUGGGAGAACACGUUCGACGACGGCACGACCGGCUACUACCCCAUGAUAUCUCUAUUCAACGACGCGCGCGUGCGUAUCAACCCCGGUCCAAAUUUCGACUUUGAACCGCCGCCGGAUAUCGACGCGUUGCUCACUGGCGCGGGGGACGGUAAGUGCGGGAGGCUCAAGUGGCGGCCCGUUUGUGAGCGGUACGCGGAGUUCAUGCAGGAGCAGUGGGAGCUGGACAAGCUCGAG